GCAGAUGUGGCCCUAAAAAGCAAAAAUAAAAUAAAACAAAAUAGAAGGAAAGAAAGGAAGAAAGAAUCUAAUCUAGGUAAGGAAAUUGACUGUCAGAGAAGUGAAUUGAUUUGUCUAAAGUCAUACCGCUGAUUAGUGGCAUAGCUUAGGUAACCCAUAACUUUAGCUCUGUGGCUAGCAGGAGCCAGGUAAAUGAUGUGAGGUAUGUAUAAGCACAUUACUGGACUGGUUCAGAGAAAGUACUGCCUUUCCUAGGCUUUAGAGAGUGUGAAGAGCCAGUAUAUAGAGAAGCUGAGAAAGAUGCUACAGCCAGGUAGAGACAUGUGCCUUGUUUUGGCCCUGGCCCCUUUAGCUGUUUUAUUGUUUUAGACUUAAUUCCUUUCUGUAGGUGCUUUUUCAGUUGUAUUUAAUUUUGUGGUACCAGAGCAGAUCAAAGUCAAGGUAGAUGCACUGUCUAUGAGGGCCGCUAACCAGAGAAAGAUGUCGUCUGUCCCCUUGCUCUCACUGGUCCCCAGUCCGCUUCCCUAUUGAUUUCCUAGUGUUACAGCUUUAAUGUCUUUAGAGAAAGGCAUUUAGAAUUGACUGCUGAAGUUCCCUUGUGGCACAGAGGGUUAAGGAUCUGGUGUUGUCACUGCAGUGGCUUGGGUUGCUGCUAUGGCACACAUUCAAUCCCUGGCCCCAGGAACUUCCACGUGCUGUGGGCAUGGCCAAAAAUAAAUAAUUUUUUUUGCUUUUUUGCCAUUUCUUGGGCUGCUCCCGCAGCAUAUGGAAGUUCCCAGGCUAGGGGUCAAAUCGGAUCUGUAGCCGCCGGCCUAUACCACAGCAACUCAGGAUCCGAACAGCAUCUGCAACCUACACCACAGCUCACGGCAACGCCGGAUCCUUAACCCACUGAGCAAGGCCAGGGAUUGAACCCGAAACCUCAUGGUUCCCAGUCGGAUUCAUUAACCAUUGAGCCACGAGGGGAACUCCAAAAAUAAAUAAGUUUUGAAAAUAAAAUAAACUGCUAAAAUAAGUUUAGAUGUCGACCGACUAAUUAUUUCAUCAGUGAGUGCUUAGCCCUGUUCUACUUCACUAAGCUCCUUUUUCUGGUUACCUAAUAGGAAGAUAGUGUUGCUUUGCUUCAUCUCCGCUGAUGUCAUAGCAAUCUGUUUGCUACAUCUAUCUGUUCAGUCAUUGACCUCUUAGAUUAAGUUGACUCAGCUGGCUUGUACUUUGGUUGCAUGUGUGAAUAAGCUGCUCUCUCCCGCUAGAAUCUCCAGAUCAUUAUCUUGCAUUUUCUGUUACUGUAUAUAAGUAUGGGAAGAGUAUAGAAGUGGCACCAGGAGGUAAAAAUGGUUAAGAAGGCAGAUUAGAGGACUAAGUGUAAGCAAGGCAUCUCCACGAUUUAGUGCCAUCCAGUGGUAGAAUGACCUUCCUUUCGAAAUGGUACAUAACUGACUUAGUACCACAGCUCUUCUGAGAGGCACCAAGGGAUCGCAUUCAGCAGGAUGUGAGACUCAGCGACUUCUAACAGUCCUUCAUCUCCCAUUUUCCCAUUUUAGACUUCCUGGUGCAGUAUUUCCCUUUAUUCUCUAGUCAGUCUCAGAAAUCUUUCAGUUUGCUUUGUUUCAAACAUUUAAAAAGCUUAACUUCUGUUUUUUUUUCAAGUGUAUAAAUGUGCACAGUGUCUCUUUGACAGAAGGAAACAGCAGUCUUGCAAGAUGGACCGGAUGGAAAGGGACUUCUCUUGCAGAGCAUUCUGAGAGGAAAGGUUGAUUGAGGCCGCGAUGGGCCUCCUGGAACAUUGGCGUGUUCAUCUGCAUCCGCUGUGCUGGAAUCCACAGGAACCUCGGGGUGCACAUAUCCAGGGUCAAGUCAGUUAACCUCGACCAGUGGACCCAAGAACAGAUCCAGUGCAUGCAAGAGAUGGGGAAUGGAAAGGCAAACCGCCUUUAUGAAGCCUACCUGCCUGAAACCUUUCGGCGACCUCAAAUAGACCCCGCUGUCGAGGGAUUUAUUCGAGAUAAAUAUGAAAAGAAGAAAUACAUGGACCGAAGUCUGGACAUCAAUGCCCUUAGGAAAGAAAAAGAUGACAAGUGGAAAAGAGGGAGCGAACCAGCUCCGGAGAAAAAAAUGGAACCUGUUGUUUUUGAGAAAGUGAAAAUGCCGCAGAAAAAAGAAGAUCCACAGCUACCUCGGAAAAGCUCCCCGAAAUCCACAGCACCGGUCAUGGAUUUGUUGGGCCUUGAUGCUCCUGUCUCCUGCUCCACUGCAAAUAAUAAGACCAGCAAUACCCUAGAGAAGGAUUUAGAUCUCUUGGCCUCUGUUCCCUCUCCCUCAUCUUCGGUUUCCAGAAAGGUUGUAGGUUCCAUGCCAACCGCAGGGAGUGCCGGCUCUGUUCCUGAAAACCUGAACCUGUUUCCAGAGCCAGGGAGCAAAUCAGAAGAAACAGGCAAGAAGCAGCUCUCUAAAGACUCCAUCCUCUCACUGUAUGGAUCCCAGACACCUCAGAUGCCUGCCCAAGCAGUGUUCAUGGCUCCCGCUCAGAUGGCAUACCCCACAGCCUACCCCAGCUUUCCUGGGGUUACCACUCCUAACAGCAUAAUGGGGGGCAUGAUGCCCCCACCGGUAGGCAUGGUAGCUCAGCCAGGAGCUUCUGGGAUGGUGGCCCCCAUGGCCAUGCCUGCAGGCUAUAUGGGUGGCAUGCAGGCAUCUAUGAUGGGUGUGCCAAAUGGAAUGAUGACCACACAGCAGGCCGGCUACAUGGCAGGCAUGGCAGCUCUGCCCCAGACGGUGUAUGGGGUUCAGCCCGUGCAGCAGCUGCAAUGGAACCUCACUCAGAUGACCCAGCAGAUGGCUGGGAUGAACUUCUGUGGCGCCAACGGCAUGCUGAGCUAUGGGCAGUCCAUGAACGGCGGGAACGGACAGGCGGCAAAUCAGACGCUGAGCCCUCAGAUGUGGAAAUAAAAACAACACACCUGUACGACGACCACUCUCCCCAGGCCCCUCUCCUGUCUUCCCUUGCUCCCCAACUCCUCCCCCGAAGGCCCUUUCCCUCCUCGCUCUGUUUGAUUUAGAAAUCGCUCAGUCCAUCAUCUGGCGCGGGGCGUUCUGCCAGCCCAGCCGCGUCCCAAACGCACAGCCCUCUCUGUUGCUUUAUGUUGUCCAUGUCCCCCAGCCAUCCUGACUUCCUCCCAGCCUCAGCCCUGGUCCUCUCCUGGCACCAGCACCUUAGGAAUUGUUGGCAGAAGGCAUUUCGACUGCAGGAUAGAUAUGCACACUUCAAGUACCUUUCCCACAAGGUUAAGCCUCCUGUCAGACUCAGAAAGGUAUGUAGGUGCUGUGUUUUAGGCAAAGAGGCGGUUUACAGGUCCUUCUAAAUGUGUUGAGGAGCUGUUUCCAUGUGUUUCAAUUUGGGGGUAAAAGGGAGGCAUCGUGCUGCCCCGAUUUGUGGGGAUGAGGAAAGGGCUGCCAUCAAAUUAAAUACUCCUUGGGUCUUAGAUCAGGUUAGCCCUAGCCCUGGGGCGAGGCAAAACUCCUCCUAAGAGGAUGAGCAAAACUAUGGCUCUGCUUUGCCCUGAAUUGCUCUCUGGGUCUGAGUCUUCAGGACCUGCUGCUUCAGUCGGCCUUUAUUAGCACCAAAGACUCAAAGGUCCCACACACAACACACACCCGUCUCCCUGCCUCUAUCCUGCCUUUGGGAGGAUCUGGCUUUGUGGCUGAAGGACCGGCCCCUCCAGUGGGAAUGCAGAGCUUCACGUGUGUACUGCUUGUGUGUGUAUGUGUGGAUUCUGCCUCCACUCUCUCCCCAUCUGCUCUGGGUAUUUUUGUUUUUGUUUUUGCUUUAGCUUUAGGUUUACAACAGAGAGGAGUUAAUCUAUCCACAGCCUAAAACUGUUGCCAGUUUUACAAUCUCAUUGGUGGCUCCCUUUCUCCUUUCCCCUCUGCAGUCUGCCAGUCGCUCUUUCAUGCCUGUGUAUCCAGGCUGCUCUGUGUCCCCACCUGUUCCACGAGUAUGAGGCAGAGCACCUGGGCAGCUUUCCUCUCAGUCACUGUUCAUCCUACUUGAAAAUUAAAACAAGAAAACUCUGCUUAAAAAACUUCAUCUAUGGGAACCACAACUCCUGGUUGCCUUUCUCCUGUGUAUGUGUAAAUUCCUUAAUAAAUAUUGCAG